CUAAAAAUAUGUUUAUUUAUAUUUUUUUAUAUUUUUCAAUUACAAAUGAUUCGAAUACAAACAAGAUCCAGAAGUAUACAGAUCUGAAUGCUUCAACAGUAAUUUUCACAGUAAACUUACGCUCAAAGUUGUAAUAUGUAGCAAAUAUCUCUCCAGUGAAGAUUCAACCAUGACUAUUAUUCAUGCUGGAAUAUUCAGCGGAUUCACUCCAGUUAAAGAAGAUUUAGAUAGAAUAGUCAAUGAUUACAAAAAUCCCGUUGAUAGAUACGAAAUAGAAGACAGAAAUGUAAUAUUCUAUUUAGAGCAUGUUUCACAUAAAUCUCCUGUUUGUAUUAACUUCCGUGUAAGAAGAGAUUAUAUUGUUGGAAAUGUGCAGUCCAGUGUUGUAAAAGUAUUCGAUUAUUAUAAGAAUAAUAAACAUUGCACUGUAUUCUACAGUAUUAACAACAAAGCAUAGUUUUCAUACUUGCACCGAGUGAAAAGAUACUAAUGAAAAAUGUUGUAAUGUAUGAUUGAAACAUGUUUUCAA